CACGUUGUCACCAGUGUCCCCCAUGUCCCCAGGCAAGGAGAAGAAGGGCCCGCUGCUGGAGGGGGCCCCGCUGCGCCUCAAGCCCCGCAGCGUGCACGAGCUGUCGGUGGAGCAGCAGCUCUACUACAAGGAGAUCACCGAGGCCUGCGUCGGCUCCUGCGAGGCCAAGCGCGCCGAGGCCCUGCAGAGCAUCGCCACCGACCCCGGCCUCUACCAGAUGCUGCCACGCUUCAGCACCUUCAUCUCUGAGGGGGUCCGUGUCAACGUGGUGCAGAACAACCUGGCGCUGCUCAUCUACCUCAUGCGCAUGGUGAAGGCGCUGAUGGACAACCCCACGCUCUACCUGGAGAAAUACGUGAGUGGGGCCGUCCCGGUGGCUCCUGUCCCCAGAUGUCCCCAGAUGUCCCCAAAUGUCCCUUGCAAGCUUGUCCCCACCGUCACAACGUGCAUC